AUGCAUGUGUCGCAACCUACCUACUCCUGGCUCCCCCUUCCAGCCUCCGUCCUUCCCUUAUCCGCCACCCGCCUCCCCCUGCACCCGCUUCCGCUCCUCUCCCGUGCCUCUCCUUCCGCUCUAUCCGCCUCCUCGCGCCGUUUCCCCUCUCCCGCGUCUCCCCCGUACGGGGCAGCUCGGGCGGGGAGCCUCACCGUCGCCUCCGCAGCCGCGGAUGGCUCCGAUGGCGCGCCGGCAGUAGCUGUCGCUGCGGAAGAGGCGGAGAGCGUUAUCGCUGGCGCCGCUGGCGGCGCUGUGACUACAGAGGGGGGUGUUAAAGCGAGGGGGGGAAAGAAGGGCGCGCGGAAGGGGGGGAAUGGCGCAGCGUCUGGCGUAGUUGAUGGUUCUGGGGGGGAGAGCGCGGGGGAGGAUGACGUGGAGGUGGAGCUGCCACGUGAGCCGCUUCCAACCAAUGAGAGCUCGGAGAAGCUGCUGCGGAUCAGACACACGUCCGCCCAUGUGAUGGCGAUGGCGCUGCAGCGCCUGUUCCCCAAGGCGCAGGUGACGAUCGGGCCGUGGAUUCAGAACGGCUUCUAUUACGAAUUUGACCUCGACGAACCGCUCACUGACAAGGACCUCAAGAAGAUCAAGAAGGAGAUGGACAAGAUCAUCUUCAAGAACCUGCCUCUGCGCCGCGAGGAGGUGUCAAGGGAGGAGGCAGCGCGGCGAAUCAAGGAGAUCAACGAGUCGUACAAGCUGGAGCUGCUGGAUAGCAUCAAGACGGAGCCCAUCACCAUCUACCACAUCGGUACGUCAGGGAUUUAA